AUGCAAGAAAUAAAGCGGGUCGGCCUCGGACCUGCGCUCCCUCAGGGAAAUCCUGCUAAGUUAAAUGUUCUUAAAACCUUAGAAGAGAAAAGAAACCACAUUAUUAUUCAUUAUCUGGAAGUUGAAAAAACAAAGGAUGAGCUUCAGAUCAAUAUUAAAAACUUCAGAUUCACAAGCCCAUCGUUGCAGUCAGAAAACAUGUGUUUUGAAAGUGAGAAUCAGAAACUUCAACGGAAACUUAAAAUAAUGACUGAAUUAUAUCAAGAAAAUGAAAUGAAACUCCACAAGAAAUUGACAGUAGAGGAAAAUUACCAGAUACAGGAAGAAGAGAAACUUUCUAAAGUGGAAAAAAAGAUCAGCCAUACCAUUGAAGGGCUGGAGACCUAUAGAAAGCUAGCCAAAGAUCGUGAAGUAGAAUUGGAGAGAACUAUUAAUUUUUAUCAAAGGCAGGUUAUUUCCUAUGAGAGAAAAGGACAUGAUAAUUGGUUGGUAGCUCGGACUGCUGAAAGAAACCUCAGUGAUUUAAGGAAAGAAAAUGCUAACAACAGACAAAAAUUAACUGAAACAGGGUUUAAAUUUGCACUUUUAGAAAAAGAUCGUUCUGCACCUGAUGUUUCAAAUACAGCAUUUGACAGAGAGCAUUCCCCAUAUGGUCCCUCACCAUUGGGUCGGCCUUCAUCUGAAACGAGAGCGUUUCUCUCUCCUCAAACUUUGUUGGAGGGUCCACUCAGCCUCUCACCUGUGCUUCCGGGGAGAGGAAGAAGAGGCCCAAGAGGCCCAGGGAAUCCUCUGGACCAUCAGAUUACCAAUGAAAGAGGAGAACCAAGCUGUGAUACAUUAACUGAUCCUCACAGGGCUCCUUCUGAUACUGGGCCCCUGUCAUCUCCAUGGGAUCAGGAACGAAGGAUGAUAUUUCCUCCAUCAGGACAAUCAUAUCCUGAUUCAGGUCUUCCUCCACAAAGGGAAGACAGAUUUUAUUCUAAUUCUGAUAGACUGUCUGGGCCAGCAGAACUCAGAAGUUUUAAUAUGCCUUCUUUGGAUAAAAUGGAUGGGUUAAUGCCUUCAGAAAUGGAAUCCAGCAGAAAUGAUGCCAAAGAUGAUCUUGGUGAUUUAAAUAUGCCUGAUUCAUCUCUCCCUGCUGAAAAUGAAGCAACUGGCACCGGCUUUGUGCCUCCACCUCUAGCUCCAAUCAGAAGUCCAUUGUUUCCAGUGAAUACAAGGGGCCCGUUCAUGAGAAGAGGACAUCCUUUCCCCCCACCUCCUCCAGGAACCAUGUUUGGAGCAUCUCGAGGUUACUAUCCACCAGCGGAUUUCCCAGGUCCACCACAUGCUCCAUUUGCAGUGAGAAACAUCUGUCCACCGAGGGGUUUUCCUCCUUACCUUCACCCAAGACCUGGAUUUUUACCCCAUCCACAUUCUGAAGGUAGAAGCGAGUUCCCUUCAGGGUUGAUUCUGCCUUCAAAGGAGCCUGCUACUGAACAUCCAGAACCACAGCAAGAAACCUGACAAUAUUUUUGCUCUAUUCAAAAGUAAUUUAGACUGAUGUCAUUUUCAGUUUAAGUAACUGCUGUUACUUAAGUGAUUACACUUUUCUCAAAUUGAAGUUUAAUGGAGUUCUUAGUAUAGUAUUUUAUAAAUAAAGAUUAUUUAAACACAAAAGAAAUUUAAGUGUGCUGAAGAUAACUGCAACUCCAAACCUAACGCUGUGUAGUUCUAUGUUUUGCCAUCUCGAAGCAAAGUGGAACCAGAAAUGAGAGGUAAUGGUUUGUGAAUCAGUUGUCCUCUUUUUUAUUGUCUGGUGAAUCUGCUGAUAUAUAGGCACUAACAAAAUUAGCAGGCUAAAUUUAUCCCUUAUGUGUACAUUUGGUAAAUGUGAAGCCAGUGUAGAAAGUAAUGUAUAAUUUCUAAACUUGUAGCCCAACUGCCAAUGUUAUAAAACUUAUUCCUGGGCUACAAAAAACAAAACAAAACAAAACAAAAAACAAAAAACCACACAUACAAAAACACAAAAAAACCUAGCUUGUAAGAAAUGGAAGCUCAUCAUUCACUAAGGAAAACCCAUUCUAUUUUGUUUUCUGUGUUUAAAAAGCAAUACAUUUACUUUAGUAUAACUACA